AUGGAAAGUCUGGGCUUCUAUCUCUCAACCAUAACAUCAAGUAGCACAUAGGAAAAGACAGGCAUUAGAGUUUCAUUAUGGCCUCAUAUAGCAUUAGCCAAUCCUCUACAUCAGGAUCCUCAAGAGGCUUGGGUUCAGGUGGGUUAGGUGGUGGUUCAAGCAGAGUGUCCAUGAGUGGCUACAGGACACCUAGCAUCCAUGGAGGUAGCGGUGGCAAAAACAUCUCCAUCUCAACCUCAAGGAUGUCAUCUGGGGGUAGUGGUCUUGGUUGCAGCUUAGGUGGUGGACUAGGUGGAGCAGGUGGUGGUUAUGGUGGCAGCUACUCAUCUAACUUUGGUUAUGGCUCUGGAAGUGGAUUUGGAGGUGGAUAUGGAGGUGGAUUUGGAGGUGGAUUUGGUGGUGGAUUGGGAGGUGGAGAUGGUCUCCUGGGUGGGGGGGAGAAGGAAACCAUGCAGAACCUGAAUGACCGCCUGGCCUCUUACCUGGACAAAGUGCGCUCUCUGGAGCAGGCCAACUCUGAGCUGGAGAUCAAAAUUAGGGAGUGGUAUGAGAAGCAAGCCCCCAGCCCUUCUCGUGACUACAGCCAAUACUACUCAAUUAUUGAGGAUCUUCGUAACAAGAUCCUUAAUGCCUCUGUGAACAAUGCCAGCGUGGUCCUGCAGAUUGACAAUGCCAAACUUGCUGCUGAUGACUUCAGAACCAAGUAUGAAACUGAACAUGCCCUUAGAUUGAAUGUUGAGGCUGACAUCAACGGCCUCCGCAAAGUUCUGGAUGAACUGACUCUAACCAGGUCUGACUUGGAGCUCCAGAUUGAGAGCUUAAAGGAAGAGUUGGCCUACCUGAAGAAGAACCACGAAGAGGAAAUGAUUGCCCUCCGUGGCCAAGUCCGUGGCACCGUCAGUGUGGAAAUGGAUGCUGCUCCAGCUGUUGACCUGUCCAGGAUCUUAAGUGAAAUGAGAGAUCAAUAUGAAGUUAUGGCUGACAAGAACCGCAAGGAUGUUGAAGGCUGGUACAUCAAGAAGACAGAAGAAUUGAACAGAGAAGUUGCAAGCCACAGCGAACAGAUCCAUUCCAGCAAAACAGAAAUCACCGACCUCAGACGUUCCCUUCAAGGCUUAGAAAUCGAACUGCAGACCCAGUUAAGCAUGAAAUCAGCAUUGGAAGGUACCUUGGCAGACACAGAAGGCCGAUAUUGUGUACAGCUCUCUCAGAUACAAGACCUUAUCGGCAGUGUAGAAGCUCAGCUCGCCGAAUUGCGGUCAGAUAUGGAACGACAAAGCUACGAAUACAAAAUCCUCAUGGACGUCAAGACCCGUCUUGAACAAGAAAUCGCCACUUACAGACGCCUCCUUGAUGGAGAAGAUGUCAAAAUUUCCUACAAAGAAAGCCCUCAAACCUCACGCCAAGUCCGCACCAUCAUUGAGGAAACCGUAGAUGGAAAAGUUAUUUCUUCAAGUGAAAGAGUCCAGAAAGCAAAGUAUUAAUAGAAUAGGGGAAUUCUAAAUCUGGCACAGAUGUCCGAUUGAAAGAAACAUAUUAGGUGUAAUAUAACAUGUUCUGCAGUUGUUGACCCACCUAUAACACUGCAGAAGCACUGGACUACCAUAACUAGACUAUAUGUCUGAUCUACAAGACAUCGAUAAUUGGAUCAUUAAAAACCAUCAAUCACUGAUAUAUUGUGCUGGAUCAUUCUUGUAAUGUCUGCAAUGUCAUUCUCAUGCUACUUCUUGAGGCCUCUUUUAUAUCUCUUUUAUCUAAUAAAGUUAUCAGCUUUUU